ACCAGAGAGCGCGAGGCGACGCGGAGCGAGCUGCGGAGAUUAGAGUUUUUGCGCUGCGCUCCCGGAGCGCAGGAAAAUCAGAGUCCGCCGUCACCUGCCAGGAGACCCCCGCCGAGCCCGAGAAGAGAGACAGAGGCUGGCAAGGUAACGGAGGACGGUUUACACCCAGACUGUAGAUCAGCGAGCCAAGCACAGGAGCACCGAAGCGGCCGCCGCAUCGCUCCCCAGCCUCUCCUGUGGAAGAAAUCCGGUCCUGAGCAGGAAAAAGAGCGUUCAGAGAAGCCGGUGCUCAACAAGAAGCAGAGGAGGGUGAACGGAGGAGACGCUCUGAAUACAGCUCAAGAGAAUCGGAUGAAAACGGAGGAAUUAUUUCAACAUUUGGACUGAGUCAGGCUCCGUGGAUUCUUCUCUUAUCUUUUUUUUACCCUGUCUGUUUUUGUUGGAGAGCGAUUCAUUGAAACUGACAUUAAUCUUUUGAGUCACACUAAAGUCGGACCUUAACAUCUGCCUAAAAGAUGAAAGGCUGGGGGCUUUUUUCUCUUCGCGAGUGCUUUGACUGCCAAGUUUGAAAAGUACUGUGGGAAUCUAAGUGGAUUUUUUUUCACUUUUCAUAUUCUGUUGUGGUUAUCUGUUAUCUCAGUCUCUGUUUUGCUGAUAAGGUUUUGUUUCCAAUCAAACAAAAAAGAGGAGGGGGACUGUUUCUCAAGUUUCUCAGCCUCAAACCUGAGUAGCAUUUGCAUUCCAGUUUGGCUUCACAAGUGGACAAUCCUCCCUUGUGUGUCUGAUAGAGUGUGUGUUUGAGUAGUUCAGAGUCCCUCGGUACAAGGGGACAAUAACCGACCCUGUCUGUCUCUUCUGGGAAAAAUGGGAUCAGAAAAGGACUCAGAGUCACCUCACUCCUCGGUGAGUGGCGUUCCCAACCCUAAGUGCCGUGCGCCGGGCAAGCGCCAAGGCCGCAUCUCCUUUCACAGCCUCUUCCACGGUAAACGGAGCUCUCGGGGAACCAGGGCCCCCAAAGGAGGAGCAGCCACCCCUUUAUCUCAUCAUCACCAACAUCACCACACGCAACAACAGCUGCAUCCUUCCGCCUUGAGUUCUGCAGCUGCUGCAGCUGCUGCUAACCCCACCACAACCACCACCGCCACAACCGCCACGACCCCCCAGGAUGCAGCCUCCGGCACCCCCUCAAAGCCACUCUCCUCCAGCCAGCCGUCUCUGGGUGGAGGCGCUUCCUCCGGGGAGACCAAUCUCCUGGAGUGUCCCCUGUGCCUGGUGCGUCAGCCCGCUGACCAGCUCCCCGAGCUGCUGGGCUGCAGCCACCGAUCCUGCCUCUGCUGCCUGCGCCAGUACCUCCGCAUUGAAAUCACAGAGAGCCGAGUCCAGCUCAGCUGCCCCGAGUGUGCCGAGAGGCUGGCCCCGCGGCAGGUGGCCGACAUCUUGGAUGAUGCGGCCCUGAUGGAGAAGUAUGAGGAAUUCCUACUGAGGAGGUGCCUCGCUUCUGAUCCGGAUUGCCGAUGGUGCCCGGCGCCCGACUGCGGGUUCGCCGUCAUCGCCUCGGGCUGUGCCAGCUGUCCCCGGCUGGUUUGUCGCAGAGAAGGCUGCGGCGCGGAGUUUUGCUACCACUGCAAACAGGCCUGGCACCCCAACCAGACCUGCGACUCGGCCCGCCAGCAGAGGGCGCAAUCUCUGCACACCCACAGCAACCACUCGCCCAGCUACACGCAGGAGCAAGGACCCGCCGAUGACAUCAAGCCAUGCCCCCGCUGUGGCGCCUACAUCAUCAAGAUGAACGACGGGAGCUGCAAUCACAUGACCUGUGCCGUCUGCGGCUGCGAGUUCUGCUGGCUCUGCAUGAAGGAGAUCUCCGAUCUGCACUACCUCAGUCCAUCUGGCUGCACCUUCUGGGGCAAGAAGCCGUGGAGCAGGAAGAAGAAGAUUUUGUGGCAGUUGGGAACUCUGAUCGGAGCUCCGGUUGGCAUCACUCUCAUCGCAGGCAUCGCUGUUCCCGCCAUGGUCAUCGGCAUCCCGGUUUACGUCGGCCGCAAGAUCCACGCCCACUACGAGCUGAAGAAGACGUCUCGUCACCGAAGGAAUCUGGCCAUCACGGGGGGCGUGGCCCUGUCAAUCAUCACCGCUCCUGUCAUCGCAGCCGUCAGCGUGGGCAUCGGUGUGCCCAUCAUGUUGGCCUACGUGUACGGUGUCGUGCCCAUCUCUCUGUGCAGAGGAGGUGGUUGUGGUGUGAGCAGAGGAAAGGGGCGUGGUGUGCGGAUCGACUUUGAUGAGGACGAUGGGCCAAUCACAGUGGCGGACGCCUGGCGAGCCCUCAAGUCUCCGAGCCUCGGUGAGAGCAGUCUGGAAGGGGCGGUCAGCGGUCUUAGCACCACCUCUCCCAGCGAGGGGCUCUCCGUAGCCCCAGGGACUCUGGGCGACACUCCACACUUUAACACCCUGGCCAGUGGCGCUCUGGGGACUCGCACAAGCAAGUACAGCAGGCUGGAGGUUCAAGCAGGGGAACUUGCCAAAGAAUCAGCCCAGAGAGAGACAGGCAGCCUGGGAGCCGGGAGCGACUGUGCCAGCACCCGAGGAAUGGCCGGAUCCAUCAUCUCCUCCUACACUCUACCUGACAGGGAGUGCACCAACCUGGAGAUCCAGGUGGACAUUGAGACCAAACCCAGCCAUCUCUGCCUGACCAGCGAAGAGGACUUAACCCCGCAUCCGGGCUGUGCUGCCAUGGCGACCGCCUCAGGAGGGGAGGAGCCUCAGGACUGCAGCUCCAGAAGGGGCGGGGCGUUGUCUGGCUCGGCACUGGGGCUGUCACCGGGAACGUCAAUCAGGGAGGGGCUCAGAGACGUCACCCUGGCUCAGCCGGAGAGCAUCCGCAGCGACCUGGAGAUGUCAGACACUCAGUCAGACGACAUCGCAGAGCUGACGUCGGACGACUGUGACUCUCCUCACCCGAAAAGCUGUCACCCGGCGGCCGGCCAGCAGCUCCAGCCCCCCUCGUGCCGAGCUGUGAACCCCUCCACCGAAGGCCUUCACUGUCCUGCAGACAGCAACGUCAUCCUCUACGUCUGAGAGAAAAGCAGCUCUCAGGAUUGCACAGAAACAACCCCGAACAUUUACAUUUAAACUUGUCACAGCUUUUUUUUUUUCCUCGUGUCAUCUCUCGUUUGCUGCUUUUGCGACUCACAGACACCGUCUUAAACACAGACAGCAUCUGUUUACGUUGGUCUGUCUGUCUUCUCUUUCUACCUGCCAAUCUACUCUCUGAGCAAAUUGUCAGGGUUCUACCUCUGAGAUUUAUAAGAUGAUGAUUUAUGUUUACUCCUUGGUGCAAAAUGCCUUGGCUACUUAAGCAAAAAAAAGAAAAAAAAAGAGAAAGCAAGAAAAAAAACACAAGAGGUACAAAUUUUCCACAAGAACUGAAAUUAUGAAAUACGGUGAAACGUCACCAAGCACAGCAGAGAGAUGGUGAUUGCUGGGAAAGCAGAGGAUGCUUGCCGAGGAUGAGGAGGGUGUUUUUAAAAACGUGUGAAUGAAUGUGGACUUCGUACUCAGUUAUUGUGGCUUUAUUUUGACAUUUUUCCUCUAUUUAUAUUCGGACGACCUUGAAAUUGUGUUAUUUGCAGUGUGCAUGAGUCUGCAUGAGCCAUUCCUUGUGUGGACGGUCGUAAAAGGGCAGCAAGUUUCUGUUACACUUGUGAAAGUUAAAGUUUACUUUGGAGGAUGAAGCUGCACUUGAAUCUCGCUUUCACUGCACAGAGGAGGAGUGGGAGGAGGAGGAGGAGGGGAAUGGACAUAGAGAUUUUUUAAAAAAGGGUCACUGCUACAGAAGUAAACGACAGAGUUCUGACAAUGACAUGACAGAUCCUGGAAGUACUGUGAAAAGCACGGGGAGAAAAAAAGACAACCCAGAGUGAAGGUUUGUCUGCUUUCCACACAUCAGCACUAAACAAGCAUUGAGCAUUUCAUGAAUAAAGCUCUCUGAAGCUUUUUUUAUAGGCAGGAACGUAUCGGAAAAAUGGAAAAACCAAAAACUCCUGCUGGUUUCCUUUUUUUCAGUUACAUUUAUUUAUAAACUACAUUAAUGCAGAAAGCGAUACAGUUGCCUCCAGGCUGCCUAUUCAAUGAUAAGUUGUCUCUAAGGUUACACAUGCUAAUGCAGCGAUGCAAUUCCAGCUAACAGUCUGCUAGCAGCUAGCUAACAGCAGAACGCUACAGUGUCAAAGCUAGCACAAAAUCAAAAUAAUAUGUCCACCAAACGCUACGUCCAGAUGAACAGAUUCAACUUUUGGAGAAAAUAGUAUGAACUUUUUUUUUACCUAAAAAGGAUUUAAUAACUUUAUUAAUCGGUAAGACUUCACCUUCACUUCAGACACUUGACAUGAGAAGGCGUUCUCCUGUCGUUGUCAGAACUCUGUCGGGUCUGAGGUAUGUCACAUGACCAAGUUAGUGUUUUACAAUUGGCUGUCUGCCUGCCUUAUCGACACUCGCUGACCAACACAACAGCACACACCCGUUUGGGAGGUUUUGGUUUCUGACGUGUUAACUGGCUGUCUGGCCCACUUGAACGUUGUGUGUUGUGCGUCUGUGUGAAUGAACUCCCGAUGAAUGUAUAUGUGCGUCCCACUUUUAUUUUAUUUUGUUUUUUUGAAUGAGCACUUGUGCACUUUAUCUGAAUUAUUGUAUUUAUCUUCUUUUUUUGCUAUUCAUCAUCUGUUGCGAUAAAGUGAGUUUACUUCAGUCUGUGGUACAACCAAAAUAAAUCACCUACCAGAGGGCCUUUUAUGUUGGAUGUAACUAAAGAAGAGUUUGGCUCCAAAACAUAAAAAAAAUUAUUCAUUGUCAUAUUUGUCAUUCAGUAUUUUUAACUUCAAUGACAUUUAAGGUGUUUUUAAUCAGUUUUGUGAUGAAAAUACUGUAGUUUUUUGUUUCUUUUUUUAUAUUCUGUAAUUUAUGUUGUUCUAAUCAUUCAUACAAGUCAUUUUGACUUUUGGAGCCAAACACUUUAAAUACUGAUGCCGAUAAGCUUUUCUUAAUCAUAGCUUGACUUGUUUCUUAGCUUUGUAUCACCUCUGUGCUUCUGUUUUCUAAAAAAAAAAAAAAAAAAGGUUUCCCCACCAGGUUUUUCCUUGAACCUGUGAGGAAUCAACCCGGGAGCCUUUUCAUCUCAGAGUAGCUUUAUGGAUUUAGCUGCUUAUGUGAUUUGGCAGUGCUUUGUUUGGUCUACACUUAUCACUAGUUUCUGCCUGCCUGCCUGUGAGAAACCACAUGAAUGUACCACGGAUGGAAACCCCAACUUCCCGAAAGAGUCUGAAUGAGUGUUAAAGGAUGGAUAUAGGUGGUCCUGAUCUUAUUUGAAAAGGUUAGCAUUUAUAGAUAGCAAUAUUUAAGUGUUAUUAUACUGUUUGUGUAUUUCCUGUCACUGUUAAAAGCCCCGAAAUUGUGUGGGGAUCGACAUGCAGGACUGUGAAAGACAACUUGUGGACCUUUGGGGACAAAAUAAAUAAACACAAACUGAUGUUGCACCAAUGCAGUGACUUGUUGUUGAUCUGUUAUGAAUUAGAAU